CUUGAUUUUUCAGUUUCCUAUCCUGUCCAAGACACUGUGCUUCAUUAGGUUGUUAUCAGAUGUCCCCAAACGGACCAUAAGAGAUUAUAUUCGUUUUGCUUUGUGAAUAAGUAUCUUCAUCGUAUCGCCUUUGGUGAAAAGGGCAUAUUUCCAUGAUGGAAGCGAGGCCUAAUCAAGAAGAAACUAGGGAAUCAAUAGUUGAUACCUCAGAAAUUAUAUACGGCUUAGGCGCAUGGGAAGCCGAAAAGGGAGAUAAGGUUAGAAUCAAGUGCCAACUUUAUAGUGAGCGCGGAGAAGUUGAAUAUGAACCGGGACCUUUGGAAUUGACUUUGGGUGUAUGUGAGACAAAAGAUACAUAUGGUAAAGGAUCGAGAAGUGAUCAGGCCAAGGAAAGAGAGUCUGGACUGACUUUAGUUGUGAAGCUAUGUACUCUGAGGUUUUGACCAGGAAGUGAUCAGGCUAAGGGAAGAGAGUCUGGACUGGCUUGAGUUGUGAAGCUGUGUACUCUAAGGUUGUGUAAUGAAUUGAACUAAAAGAUUGUAUAUAUAAGUGUAUAUGAGUUUCCAUAGGGUUUCAUGCAUGUAUUAAACUGAGUUUUUGUGAAAUCAAGCCUGAUUAUGUGUAUAUGUGUUGUUGAGACAAUGGGCUUUGAUUUGAAUAUGUUUGAGUUGAAAUGAUUGUAUGUAUUGGUGAAUCUUAAGCCAAGGGAUAAAUUGAUGAAAUGAGUAAUUUGAAGGCUAAGAUUGUAUUGUGAAUAUGAUUGCAUAUAUAUGAGUUGAGAAAUAGCCAAGUGGGCUAAGUUAUGCUGAGAAA